UCAGACGGCCACCGCCUUCGCCACGCCUGCGCCAACCAACGACACGUACAUCGAGUACGUGUGUCCUCCAGAGUGACUGAUGUGUUCCGUGCAUCAUACCUAUGUCAGCAUCAGACAUCGCCCUGUUGACGUCAUUUGGUGUCGAUAGGAAAUUGCCAAUCUCCCGCUCCUCAUCCGGACGACUCAGAUCGUGGUAGUUAAGGAUUUUGUCUUUGGCGAGCUGCGACACAGACGCGUGACUGAUCUCAAUAUCAUCAUCCUCCGCUUCCCAUCCUUCAGGAGGAAGGAAACAGUGAAUGCGGCUGCUGGCUGGCGGGUCGUGGUCCUGUCGGUGGCGUCGAUACAGGUGGUCGGCAGGCAGGCCUAGUGGGUCAAGCGUCAGCUCGAAGCCAGGCUCGUCCUUGAGGGCCCGCAGCAUGUCGCCAUGCUGAAACAGCUGGAACGUCACGCCGUCGCCGAAGUUGGUGUGGCGGCCGACCAUCUUGAGCUGAGCAAUCACACGGGAACCGACACAUACGCCUAAACAGACACACACACACACACACAGACAUAGAGAGAAGGGUGGGGCACGCCAGAAGUGCGCCUUACGGACCGUUUUGUUGGCGUGUGUGUUGAUGUCUUCGGCAGUCAGCACAACGGGCAGCGUGCAGGCUCCGCAGUGGUCGGCCAGCCGCAGCACGUCGCCAGUGCCAUCGUUCCACUGCCCUCCCUCCUCAGCUAUCCACAGGGCCGCCACCACAGUACCCCCGCACAGCGACUCGUUAAACUGCACCAGCUGAGUGUCGAUGCCGCUGCGGGCGAUCGAGGUGUGGAGUCGGCUUCGCAGCUGUGCAGACGACAAGGCCUCUGAGAAGCAUCGCGCGGUGGCCCUCAGCUGCAGGAUGGUGCUGAGGUCGAGCAGACAGGACUGGUCGUCGCCGACAAAGAGAUGGGUGAGGGGGUGCUGCGGGUGGCCGGCUCUGGCUGAUCGGACUCGGAGGAGCGUCGCCGCCAGCACCAU